AUGUCUCAAGUCGAUGAAAAAGCAUUCGGCGCUGAUGCCCACCAUGUCGAGGAGACGGUCAAUGUCUUGCACAAUAUGCGUGGAGUCGCGGCCCUUGCGGUCUGCACCCGUCUAGAGCCCAUCUCGAAGCUCAGCAAGCGGAUGAUUCAACUCUAUGCCAUCUGCAGUCUCAUGUUCCUCGGGUCGACUAUGGGCGGCUACGACGGCUCCCUCAUGGGUAACUUGCUUGCCAUGCCAUCCUUCCAGUCACAGUUCGACGCCUCCAUUCUCGGAGUGCAGACGGGCAUCAUCAUGAGCAUGUACUCCAUCGGCUCCGUGUGCGCGCUGCCCUUCAUCGGCCCCCUGACUGAUACCUGGGGCCGCCGCGUGGGCAUUGCCAUUGGCUGCAGUCUCCUCAUCCUCGGUACCAUCAUUGAGGGUGUGUCCCAUCGUCUCCCGCAAUUCCUCGCCGGCCGGUUCUUCCUGGGCUUUGGCGCAUGCAUCGCCAACGUCGCUUGCCCAUCGUACGUGGUCGAAAUCGCCCAUCCGGCCUACCGAGGUGUGAUUACCGGUCUGUAUAACUGCUGCUACUACCUCGGUGCCAUUCUGGCUGCUGUUGUCCUGCGCGGCUGCGUCCACUACACAUCUAAUGCCGCAUGGCUCAUCCCCACCUGGCUCCAAAUGUUUUUCCCCUGCGUGCUGCUCGCGGGGUGCAUGCUCUUCCCCGAAUCGCCUCGCUGGCAGUAUGCCCACGGCCAGGUUGACAAGUGCCUCGCGUCGCUGGUCAAGUACCACGGCAACGACAACCCGGACUCGCUCUACGUGCAGCUCGAGCUCCGCGAGUUCGCUGAGGAGCUCGAGCUCGACGGCGCCGACAAGCGCUGGUGGGACUACCGCGCGCUCUUCAGCUCGCGCGCCGCCAUGUAUCGUGCCAUCCUCUGCGCUGUCGCCGUCUCUGCCUUCAGCCAGCUGACGGGCCAGUCUGGCGUCUCGUACUUCCUCCCCGCCAUGCUCACCACCUCCGGCAUCACGAACUCCGCCACCAUCCUGGACAUCAACCUAGGCAUCACGCUCGCAUCCGGCGCGGCCGCCUGCAUUGGUGCCAGCCAGAUGGACCGCUUCGGUCGACGCAAGAUGCUCAUCUCGUGCUGCCUCGCUCUCACUCUGCUCUGGGGCGGCAUGCUCGGGGGUACGGGCGCGUAUCAGAUCCACGGCAGCGUUACCGCGGCGAACGUAAGUAUCGCGUUCAUCUUCUUGAUCGGUAUCGUCUUCUCCGCCGCCUAUACCCCGCUGCAGGCACUGUAUCCCGUCGAGGUGUUGGCCUACGAGCAGCGUGCCAAGGGGAUGGCCUUGCAGAAUAUGGCCGGCAAUGCUGCCGGGUUGAUCAACCAGUUUGCUCUGCCAGUCGCUCUGAAGCGCAUCAGUUGGAAGACGUACUUUGUCUACCUAGCUGUCUGUUUCGCCGAGGCGGUAUACUAUUAUUUCAUCAUGGUUGAGACCAAGGGCCAUACUCUAGAAGAACUGAAUGAAAUCUUCAAGGCCCGUAAUCCACGCAAAGCGUCCUUCCUGAAGAAGGAAACUGUCGAUGAAGAGGUGGCUAAAGUGAAUGAAGGGGAAGUAGGUUUAACGUAA